UCAAUAGAUAUUGGGCUAAUUGUGCCGUACCAAUUCUAUGGGAAUCUCCUUUUAAGAUUAAUAAUGAAUAUAAUCUAUUUCCUAAAGUGAUCCAAAUCUAUUUCGCAUGUGUACAAACUGAGAGUUUUCAUGAUGAUACUUUAAUUAACAAACCACUUUAUGAUUACCCAUCAUUUCUCAAAGAACUCCCAUUUGAGCGAUUUCUUAAUUCAGCUAUAGCAAGCAAUUACCCUGAAGCACUAAUAGUUGAAUUAUUUAAAAUUUUUCAAAUACAUUUAGUAAAGUUACGAGGAUUCGAUCUUAGCCAUCUACAUCUUAACUUUGACAGUCUAGUAACUUAUAGAGUUCUUCCUCAGUUUCUUAGGUACUCUUCACUAUUUGACAGGUUGUCAUAUUUAAAUUGCACAUAUCAUUGGGAUGUUAAUGAAGCCAAAAAAGUCAAAAAAGCUCAGAUCUUUGAUGAAUUAGCAAAAAAUUGUCAUCAUAUUAGAAAUAUUAAGGCUACCGUAUGGUAUAAAAAAGAAGGAAUUGCACUUGCAAAUCUCAUAAGCUCUCAAAGAUGUUUAAAAAAAUUUUCUUUAGUAAAUAGUAAUAACUUUGCAUCAUCUUCUAUUCAAUCUCUUCAAACACAAUCGCUUAAAAGCUUAAAAUUCAAAAACAUGCAUCGUAACAGUAAAUUAUACAAAAGAUUAGGUGUUGACGCAAAAUUUAAAUCUACUACAUUUCAAUUAUAUGAUAAAGAUAUUUUAUCACUUAGUCGCACAAACAUUACUGAACUAAAGUUUAAGCACUGUGAAGGACUUAUCCUUCUUCCCAUUAAUUCCACAUUCCGAAAUUUGACUUCUCUAGAGUACACUUAUGGAAGCUACACCAUUUAUGAUAGUGCACCACCUAUUGAAACAUUAUCUAGUCUCAUCAAGCUGAAUGGUAAAACUAUUGAAAAUGUUACAAUGAAUUGGCACUGGCAUUCUAAUAAUCCUCCCGAGUGUACCCAACUUAUCAAAAAUAUUGCUGAGUGUACAAUUAAUCUAAAAUAUUUAAAAACUCCGCUUUAUACAUUAGAACAAAUUGCUUUAAUACUUCAAACUCAAAAUCAGUUAAAAAAACUCGAAAUACAUAUUGGAUAUGAUAUACAUCCAUAUUGUGCACUUUUCCUUUUAAUCAAUAUGCCAUUCAAUAACCUUAAAAAUUCUAUAAUCCAAAUAUAUUUUGAUGGAUAUGGCAAUUAUCGACCUGAAGUUAAUCAAUUAAAACAAGUGAUUGAACAAAUUUUAUAUAAAAAUCGUCAAAUUGACAAUUUUAUUUUAUAUCAACGAAGUUGGCCGAACCUUUCAAAUGAUGAGAAAGAGAAAUUAGUAAAAAAAUUUCCAUCUCUUAAAAUCAAUAUAUUAAAAGAACAACCUUAUCGCUCUUUGAUACCGGACAAUUG